GGGAAGUUAAAGGACAUGCUAAUCGUCGCUGUAUCCUCUCCAUUCGUGAGUACUACGCAGACGUGAACAAUCCCCGCGCUGGGAUCGCCUGACAGUGCUCUCCGGGCGGUGCUCCAUCACCCCCCGGAGGAAGCGCCGCCUUAGGUCAGCGGUAGGAGGCUCUCCUGUCCACUCGCAGACCUCAAGGCAGAGAGUAAAAGCUGCAGCCGAGAGCCUGCCAUUCCGGGCUCGCCGACCCCGGGCUGGAGGUCAUCUGCCGUCACUCAGGGAGGAGGCUUGCGGGCUCAGACUCGGGGCGGGUCCGAGGCCCCGCGCCACCCGCGCCCUCGGUGCGCACGUCCAAUCCUGGGCUCCGGGCGAGGGGCGGGCCCGGGCCCUUCCCUUCCCGCCGCCAUUCCUGCGCCCGACUCGGGCUUCUCUCGGCCCCGCAGUCCGCGCUGCUCCGCCUGCAGGUGCCAACGGCCCCCGGGAGCCAGGAGAUGGAGCCGUUGACAUUCAGGGACGUGGCCAUCGAUUUCUCUGAAGAGGAGUGGGAAUGCCUGGAGCCAGCUCAGAGGAGUCUAUACCGAGAAGUGAUGUUGGAGACCUACAGAAACCUGGUCUUCCUGGCCAUGACCUCUCAUCAUGCCCAGGAAAUUUCACCAGAGCCUGGCAUAGAGGAUUUAUUUAACAAAGCGAUAAAGAAAAGAUAUGGAAAUUGUGACCUUGUCCAUUUACAACAGAAGAAAAUAUGGAACAGUCUAGGUGAGAGUGAAGGUCAGAAAUCAUAUUAUAAUGGACAAGACAAAUUAGUAGUAACUGUCCAUAAUGAAAACUUUACUGUCAACAGACCUCAAGAACAUUUCAUAUCUCAGAAAAGUAUUCAAUUUAUAAAUGAAGAACAAGUUUCUCAAAGUGAUCAUUUUGAAAGUUUCUUUACAAACUGUCCAUUAUUCUGCAAUGAACAAAGAAUUCCUUCCUGUGCCCAAAUGUACACUUUCAAUGAUUGUGGGAAAGCCCCUGUGUACUCGUUACUGCUUAAUCAAAAUUCAGAUGGAGAUUUCUGGGAAGCAUGCAGCACAUGCAAUGAAGCAAGCAACACCUUCAGCCAGGUCUCUGCCCCAAGCAAUUACCAGUGCACUUAUGUUGGAGGAAAAGAGUAUGAAUGUAGCAAGACACAGAACUUCAGCUUUGGUUGCAAUACGAGAAAACACGAGUGUGCUCACUGUGCCCAGAACCUUUACCAUGACAACAGGUGUGGGAAAGUCCCUCCUCAGUGCUCAGAGCUCAUUGCCCCUCCAGGUACUCAGAGCCAAGAGAAGCCUUGCACAUGUGAGGAAUGUGAGAGAGCUUCCCAUCCAACUGCAAGUCCUCCUGGACACAGGGGAGCUCAGCCUGCAAGGGAGCCACGCAAAGUGAAGGAGCGUGUCCAAGCAUGGAGUUCUGCACCCCUUUCUAAACAGGACGGGUACCACAGUAGUGAUCAACUCGACAAGUUUAAAGAAUGUGGCAAAACUUUGAAUCAAGGACCACCCCCUGUUAAGCAGCACAGAAUUCACACUGCAGAGAAACCCUACAAAUGUGAACAAUGUCGCAAAUCCUUUAAGACUUACUCAAACCUUUCUAAACACCUGAGAUGGCAUAGCAGUGGGGAAACCUACAAAUGUAAAGAAUGUGACAAAAUUUUUAAGAAUUUUUCAAGCCUUACUCAACAUCAAAGAAUUCAUACAGGAGAGAAGCCCCACAAAUGUGAAGAAUGUGGCAAAGGUCUUAAUCGAAGAGCAUACCUUACUCAACACCAGAGAAUUCACACUGGAGAGAAACCCUACAAAUGUAAAGAAUGUGGGAAAGGUUUUAAUCAAAGCUCAAAUCUUACCAAACACCAAAGAAUUCAUACUGGAGAGAAGCCCUACAAAUGUGAAGAAUGUGGGAAAGGUUUCAAUCGAAAAUCACACCUUACUCAACACCAGAGACUUCAUACAGGAGAGAAGCCCUACAAAUGUGAAGAAUGUGGGAAAGGCUUUACUCAAGGAGGAUACCUUACUGAACACCAGAGAAUUCACACAGGAGAGAAGCCCUACAAGUGUGAAGAAUGUGGGAAAGGUUUUACUCGAAGAGCACACCUUACUCGACACCAGAGAAUUCACACCAGAGAGAAGGAAAGUCCUGAUGAGAGCAUCCCGGAACACCUGCUGUCUUUACUGAACAUGCUACGAGGACCCAGAGCACUGGAUUGCAAUGAGUUUCCCCAGCAACUAACCACACACUCAACCACCUUCCAAUGGUGUGCAGCUUCGUAGGGCUGCUGACUUGGAGUGAAGGGAUCUACCUACCUUCCUUCCUUCCUUCCUUCCUUCUUCCCUUCCUCCCUCCCUCCUCCUCCCUCCCCCUUCCUCCCUCCCUCUCUCCCUCCCUCCCUUCCCCCUCCCCCUUCCUCCCUCCCUCCGUCCCUCCCUUCCUCCCCCAUCCCUCCCUCCCUUCCUCCCCCAUCCCUCCCUCCCUUCCUUCCCUUUCUUUCUUUCUUUCUUGUCCAUCUAAGUUUAUUUCUGUCAGCCUUUCUAUUAGUCUUUUCCUUUUUUCACUUUUUCCCUCCCUCCUAUCCCUUUCCUCUUCCAAUGUCUCUAUAUUUUUAUUUUCUUAAUAAAUUUCAGUCCUCUUUCGAUGACAGUAACAAUCAUGCAUCUCCCUCACCAUCCUUCUAUAAGAUUCCAUAUGCCUUUGAAGACUAUGUUCCUGUCACCUCCCUGCUCAAUCAUCAUCCACAACAAGUUGACACACCAGGUCAAGAGUUCACCUCUGUCUACUGCUUCCCUCUUGAAGUAGGAAUAAUGGCUGACUUCAAGAGGCUGCUAAAUAUUUCCUAUUUGUGCUUAGUUAUGUGGUUAGACCCAAUCCCACACUCUGGAUUAAACAGGGUAAAAACUGGAAUUUUCUACUGCACAAGGAUUCUCUUUUAUUUUUCAGCAGCUUCUUUGCUACCUGAGUAAAUUUCUGCAGCUAUGCCUUCCUUGCAUCCAGGAAAAGCUGAGCAACAGUGUGACAUAAUGCACCCCCCAACUGAGACUUGGAAGACUUCAUCAACACAGGAAAAAAAAAAUGAACAUGUAAACUUCAUCCACCAGGAAGAGAACAGUCUUAGCUUAUUUUCCUAGUUCUUAUCUGUAGUAAAGAUCCUAGUUACUUGCCAAAGAAAAUCAUUCUUUUGGCCUUAAGCCCUGCAGGAUAAUUUCCUUUAGGACAAGGUUCUGCCAUUCCCUGACAGGCCUCCAAUAGGACACAGAGCCAUCCCAAAUCCAGCAUUGAAACUGGAUAAUUGGAAUGUGGAUAGUGGUUCUCUCUGAGUCAAUAAAAUCACAUGAAGAAGGCUGGGGAUGUAGCUCAGGUAUAGAGUGCCUAUGGAUUUAAGGCCUAGCUUUAUAAAACAAACAAAAACCUUCCUCUGGACUAAAAGGAGGAAAAGAAGAAGAAGAAGAAGACAGGACAAUACAUUGUAGGACUUGACAUACACCUCAAGACAUAAAAUAGUGUGAUACUAAUCUGGCACUGAACUAAACACCAUGAAAGGUGAACUUGACCCUGUGUGGGUAGAAAUAAGAUUCCCUGCCAGGUCCAACUCCCUGGCUUCUGCAAAGGGCUCAGGAGCUUUCUGUCCCCACUGAAUUUGCAGCCUCUGCAAAGGGGUCUAUAGUAGACCCCAAAAGGCGCUCAGGAGGGAAGACAAACAUCCUUGCCACUUGGGCUUGUGUCCCUGGAACUGGGUGGACAGCACUGUUUGCACCCCAAAGGAGAUGGGAUGCCUGGCCUUGAUCACUCCGCCCCUCGCUGAGCCUGACUGCAGAGCAGCCCCAGCUGCUGAAGAGCCCUGACGGCCCUGCAGAAGGCCUGUGGACCGUGGGGAGCUGAGUGGAGUGGAGCCUUCUCUGCAGGCAGCAGCUCCCACCGUGCAUGAACUGGACGGGUGCAGCCCAGACACCUCCCAGCAAAGUGGGGGCACAUUUGGGACAAAGGAGUGCUUUGUGCCCUAGUUGCUUAUCCCAUGGGCUCCAAAAGCUCCAAGUCUGGUGCAGCAUGCCCUUGGAAAGCAGCAGACACUGUGAAUGUAUGUGGGCAACAGUGCCCGGUACUCGGGCCAUUGGACUGCCACUGCUCUACAGCCCUCCAUGGACACCUUGGGGCGUGAUGCUGGGAUGGGGCAGAGCAGCCAAUGGGCUGUUCCAUGCCAUAUGUGCUGGAAGUAGUGGGGGUCCUGGGCACCCCAGGGGACUAGAGAAACACUCGUGGACUAAUCAGCUAUGUUGGCAGGGCAAGAAUUUUGCUUCCACACAGAUUUUUUUUUUUUUUUUUUUUUUUUUUUUUGAAAAAUGUCCACUGCUUUUACGUUUUCUCUUUGGCAGGAAAAAGGUAAUUUAAAAGGAACACUAGAUUUGUUUGACAGGAGCUGGACAAUCUCUGACUUAAUUUUCGGGAGACUCAGAGGCAGGUCACCUUCCCCUGGAUCCUUCAGUGCAAUAGGCUGCUGAAAGUAGCCUCCCUGCCUACCUAUCCGCUCCUCCAAGGCUUAGCCACUCCUUGGGGACUACAGUGGACGCUAGAGCUAGAGGGUCAUUCAAGUGGAUCAAUCAAGUGGCUCCACUGUGGUGACCUGACCACAGACAGCAGUAGAGGCCCAUUGACAUCCUUUUUAAUCAUGAGGGAGGAUUGCUAAAUUCAAGGUGGCCAAGCGGAAGACACCCUCCGGAAGCUCCAUUAUGGAGAGGUAGGAUGCUGUUACUACGCCGGAGCAGGGCCGAGAGCCAGCACUGGAAGACAGGGCAGUGGGGAUCUCUGGCCGAAUUCCCGGUGAGGACCAGCGCACGCUCUGGGGACAUGACCGCCUGGCGGUGCUUGGCACGCGCUCCACCAGCGAGCUGCACCGGCCCAGUGACCAUGCGGUCCAGGCAAGAACUCCUCCCUCUCCUGACCGCGCCGUCCGUGAAGCGCACAGGAAACACAUGCAUCUGGACUUGCGAGGUAGAACCGCGACCCCAGGAGACCAGCAAACAGAUUGCGCGUCCUUCCUCAGCCACUGGACACAGCGGGACCUACGCUCAGACCGCGGCGCCAGGGCAAGAAGGGACGGCAGGAAGGAGGCCUCUGUGCUGCAGCAAAGCCUGCCGAGGGGCCUGCGCAGCUCUGGCUCUAGGGGUCCUGCAGAGACCCCAGGAAGACGGGAGAAUGGGGACACGGGGGGAAGUGCGGCCGCAGAAGCCCGCUGCUGGGUGGCAGCAGGGUCGCAUGAUCCCGGAGCGCGGGUGCGGACUGCAGCAGGAACAGAGGCACCCCGAGGGUGGGGACCAGCGCAGCCCUGGGACCCAGAGGGCGCUGGAGCAGCCGCGUCCAGGACAGCCCCACAGCGCAGCCAGGCCGGGUCGGGACAGCAAGGGCUGGGAGCGGCUCGGAGGUGGGCGCCGCUGGAGGGGUGCGGGAAGAAGGUCAGCCGCUCUCCUGCCAGUUGGCAAGUCCGCGAAAGACAGUGACCAGCAGCAAGACAGCUGUCCGGAGAGGGCAGCGUGUGAGCACUGUACUGUGUGAGACGCUGGUAGGAAAUGAGGUCACUCUGUGGCUGCCUCUGGGGAGGCGGGGAGGGGAGAGCAGAGGACAGGAGAGCAGCAGGUCAGCGGUUUCAGUAUAGACUUCAGCCACUGCUAGACUUGGAAACCAGGUGCAUAUAGAACUUUAAAAACAAAAACUCUAAAUAAUGUAAACAUCACUUUUAUGAUUUAUGAGAUAAUAUUAAGUAAUACAUGGUUAAGAUCACCAUGAUUUCUUGGCUACUUCCUUGUGAAGUUUGUUUCAUUUAACCAUUCCACAUCCUUCUCAUAAAUUCCUAAAAUGCAAGACUGUGCUCUACCUUGAAUGUACUUUAUUCCUAAUAUUAUAACAUUAAAUAUAGUGCUAAGAAAUUUGUUUAAUAUCACACUUGGAGAAGCAUGCACAAUUAAAGUGCUUGUUGUCCUCACAGGUCCUAGCAGAGGGAGGCACAGCAUGCCCAGACGGCCACACACAGUCACCGGAAAGAGCCUAGCCAAGGCAGGGGCAGGGGCAGGACAGGGGCCAGUGGGCCUUCACAGAGGGUCAUGGGUGGGGAACUUGUGGGAGGUGUUCUCGCUGGGUGAUAUUUUUAAAUUUUUUUGGUUCUGGGGAUUGAACCAGGGGUGCUCUACCACUGAGCUACGUCCCCAGCCAUUUUCAUUUUAUAUUUUGAGUCAGGGCCCAGCUGUCUUAACCCACAAGCUUUAUUCUCUCCCUAGUAACCUUGCACUCAGUGGGGACCCUGAGGAAGGCUGGUUUGGGCUUCCCUGAAAUCUGAUUGUUGGGGGCUCCAGUGACCUGGACUCCAGGGCUCUCACCCAGGGGGUGUGCGAUUCCCCAGACACUUUCUCCCUGGACAGGGCUGGUGCCUACCAGAUGUGAGGCUGCCAGGUGCCUUCAUGGACAUAUCUGUGCUCAUGACAGCCAGCUGGCACUCAUGGGGCAGGAGCAAGGCUCAGAGUCAAACUGCGCCAAUCUUGGGUCUGGGCCUGCUCGGGGAUGUGUUCCCAGGUCUGGUGCCUCCCAGGCAUGGUCCUGUGUCCCCACAGCAGCCUCUUGACAGCAUGGAGCCACUUCCCGGUGCUGAUCCCGUCUCACAGAACAAGGAGGGAGCAAGGCCCCUCCCUGCACACCUGUGACCGCUGAAGCAGGUCUUGCACCACAGACACAAGAGGAGACUCCUCAAGGUCUGCUGCCUCUGGUUCCCAGGAAUGAGCCAGCUGGUCAUCUUGAGGGCAGAAGAUGCUGCAGGAUCAGGGUGCCACAGUUCCAGGGUCCCUUGUGGAGGAGGACUUUCUGCCUGGGAAUCCGCAGUGGCCAUUCCAGUACGGCCUAAAGAGCACCUGCUUGAUUUCCAAUUCUGUGAAGAAAUGUUCACCUGUUCCUCUCCAGUGCUUCUGAGGUCUUGGGUGGCUUCUUUGACAGUCCAACCCAGAAGUUCCUGGCAGUCCACUGUCCUCAUGCCUGCAGGACACUUCUGAGCUCUUUGACUGUUCGGAAUCUGUUGCAGUACAGGUAAGGCCGACCUCUGGAAGGGUCAGAGGGCACUAGAAUGAACCUCUUGUUUCUGGAAUGGCCUUCACUUUAAGUCCCCGUCACACCAGAGAGCUCGCCAGACAAUUUCACUCUCCGACUUGAGUCAGACCCCCUGCCACAGGACCUGCUUCCACGGUGGUGGACCUGGGAACACGAAUUUUUCUCUGCAUCUCCUGUUAAGUGUGCCCACGGCAGCAGCCUGGUGGCCCUGGGGGUCUUGUGGAGCACCUGGCAGCAGCUGCUGGCCAGUCACUCUCCAGGGCAGGCUGUGAGGCGUUGUCAAGCCACAUGGAUUCAGACAGUUGUCACAUGCACAGGACACAAAAGCAAGGAGCAGUAAGCGAGGUGUCCUCGUCCUGCAGGAUGACACGAGCUGGGGUCCAGAGCAGGUGGUUCUGCUAGGAGAAGCCAACCCUUGACUGUGGCCGAGCAGCAGCUCGGACCUGGCUGGAGCUGCAGACCGUGGUGCAGAGGCAGGUGAGGCUGCAGAGGCCUGCUGUCCACAGAGGCGGAGGAGCAGCUGGGAGACCUCCUGGCACGAGGCGUGCAGGCUGUCCAUAGGAGACUUGGUGUCCUUCCAGGACAAGAGAGGCUGGCCACGCUCCACCAACUACGCUGCCAUCAUGUAGACAUGCCAGAUUGGUGGGCAUUAAGGUUAAGAAGGCCCCUGAAGUGUGUCUCUUCAUUUAUGAAAUGGAGUCAUCAAAAACUCCUAGUACCAGUGUUUUCUUUCUUAUUUAUUUAUUUAUUCAUUCAUUCAUUCACUUAUUUAUUUAUUUAUUUUGGCACUGGGGAUUGACCCAGGGCUGCUUAACUGUGGAGCCCCGUCCCCAGCCCAUUUGUAUUUUUAUUUAAAGAUAAGGUCUCACUAUGUUCAGGGGCUUGAUAAAUUGCUGAGGCUGGCUUUGAAAUCAUAAUCCUGCCUCAGCCUCCUGAGCUCUUUUUUUUUUAUUUGUCAAUGGUUCUCUUAUUGUUUGUUUGUUUGUUUGUUUAUAUGUAAUGCUGGGGAUCGAACCCAGGGUGUCACACAUGCCAGGCAAGUGCUCUACCACUGAGCCACAGCUCCAGCCCCAUUAUUCGCAUUUCUAACCCGUUCGUCCAUUGAUGGGCAUGUGGGCUGUUCCACCUUUUGGCCAUUGUGAAUGACGCUGCUGUGGACGUUCAUGUUGAGAUUUUGUGUGAACAUGUUGGAUCAUGGGGUAGUUCUGGUUAAUAUUUUGAGGCACUGCCAAACUGUUUCCAGAGCAACUGACUGUGCGGUUUUGUCAGCAUGCGGUUUUAAGUAAUAAAACCAUUCUUAACCGA